AUGGCAAGUCACGGAAAACGCGCGCAACCAGAUUCAGAAGCAUCUCAGUCCAAAUCGCGACGCCAUACCAAGCGAAGGAGGGCAGCGCGAUCCAAGACCGCGGGGUUGCAAGAAGCAGCGGACAACACAACUGCGCAGAUCGACGUGCGAUACAUGGGGACCCAGCCAAAGAUCCGGCAACCUACCGAGACCUUGCGAGCCAAGUCCUUUCCAGGCCAGAUAUCCCAAUUCAUUAAUCUGACACUGAGUGAUGAGGUGGAGGAGGGGUUCCCUACGUUUUCAUCGAGAUCUAAAGCUCUUCAACAUCAAGCCGAGGAGCAAAGCCACUCAAGGUACGCUCUGCGUAGCAAGACGCUUGGAAACACUCGUGAACGCUUUCUAAAUCCUCCCCAUAUGGCAUCUGCACGGCCAUUGGCUCACACGAUGGCAACGCUGGAGCAGGAGCAAUCAGAGCAUCCCAAAUCGGCAGGACAGCGCUUUCCAGAGAGAACCAUAGAUCAGAACGAAGGCGAAGAAAGAUGGACCUUACCACAAAAGCCACUGGUACUUACACACCGCUUUAGUAAGCGCCCGCAAAAGUGGGAACAACCUGAACAACGGGUUUGGAACGCAGAAAGAGAAGCGACGAGAGAGGAGAGGACAACGGCAAGGUCAGCCAAUGACACUUGGGAGCCAUCGACUUCUACAGAUAUUAUGUUCACGAUCCCAGAGGCAAUGACCGCACUUGUCCGGCCCCAGCUUGCAGAUAGCAUCGCCUACAACCUGCCAACUGGCGCAUACAUUUCGUAUCCCGUCAAGAGGUCGUACCACCUGGGCGCCACGGGCAGGUAUACCUGUCGCUCUGCAUACUAG